AUGGACGACGGACGUUCUGGAAGUGCGAAGGGGAGACCAUCACUUAGUCACAUGGACGGUGACCUCUUCUUCGUAGUCGCCUGCCGGCUUGGUUUAACACAUGGUGAUCAUACCGGCAGAGGUGUGCGUGAAAUGACCUUGCUUAGCCACAUGGGCGGUAAACCUUUCACGCACAAAGGGAUAACUCUCCAAGUCACAAUAACGAAAUAUCUUAAAUUUCUUAAACUGCUCGAUAGGGAGAUAAUCAAGAUAGAUCGCGACGACGAAGAAGAACCUCAAGUCAAUGCUUUGAAUAACGGAUUGUAG